GAUUUGCAAAUGUAGAAAAUAGACACUCUUAAAAAAGUGAGUGUAUUGCAGGAAUAAAGAUAACAUGAUAGGUUAAUAUUAUUGCAUGGCAAUGGGAGUAUUCAUUUCCCUUAAUUUUCACUUUUCCCCUAUAAAAACAGAAUCAUUACGGAUUGAUCUCUUCACUCCAAGAAGAAAGCAGUAGCAGCCAUAGCUCAAGCAUUGGCAACUAGAGCUCCAAAGCCAAUCAAGAAUCCGCAUUGCAGUUCCAAGAAUCCUAUGGUUUGGCUUCUACUAGAUUGCAUUGCAGUAAACAGCUCUGCUUCUUGUGCCUCACCUUGUUUUCUUGGUGAAAAAAUGGAGAUUUUGGGCGAAGUUUUUGAAGUGGAUUGGAAGCUGGAUGAGGAUGAGGAUAAAGCCGGGCGUUUUGAGUAUGUGAAUGGAGAGAAGAGCAGUUCGAGCUCAAAUGGUUUGGAGUCAGAAGAUUCAUUGAAUGAAGAACAUAGUAGCUCAGAAGAUUCAUUGAAUGAAGAACAUAGUAGCUCAGAAGAUUCAUCCUCACCCUGGUCUGGAAACUCUGUUGUUUCUGAAGCAACAGAGAAACCGUAUUUGGAUUACAGGAAGUGGGAAAAACAAGGAUCAUCUUCACCAGAGAUUGGGAUGCUUAAGGAUACAUUCUCGAAGCUGCUCCUCGGAGAAGAUAUGUCAGGUGGUGGAAAUGGUGUGUCUGCAGCACUGGCUGUUUCGAAUGCCAUUACUAAUCUUUCUGCUGCAAUUUUUGGGAAAAUCUGCAGACUGGAGCCUUUGCCUGCUAAGAAGAAACUAACAUGGAAGAGAGAAAUGGAAUGGCAUCUUUGUGUUAGCGAUUACAUUGUGGAGUUGACACCGUCCUGGCAGACAUUCCCCGAUGGGACUGAACGAGAGGUGAUGGUCUCUAGACCGCGAUCAGAUCUUUAUGUCAACCUCCCAGCUCUUCGCAAACUAGAUAAUAUGAUUCUGGAAAUCAUGGACAGUUUUGAAAAUACUGAGUUCUGGUAUGUGGACCAAGGAGUUUUAGCCCCUGCAGAGAGUGAUGGUUCAAAGGAGAAAUGGUGGUUGCCUGUUCCUCGAGUUCCUACGUGUGGUCUCACUGGAAAUGCAAGAAAGCUGUUACAGCAGACGCGAAACUGCACGAAUCAGAUUCUGAAAGCAGCAAUGGCCAUAAACUGCAGCACUUUAGCUGAAAUGGAAGUCCCAGAGUCAUAUUUGGAAGCUCUUGCAAAGAAUGGUUAUGCUAGCUUAGGGGAGCUCAUCAAUGGAUACAACAUCUCAGAUCAAUGUUCGCCUGAAUCUUUGCUUGAUUGCCUCGAUUUGUCUUCUCACAAUCGAGCUCUGGAGAUCGCCAACCAGUUGGAGGCUUCAAUGCACGUCUGGCGCCAGAAAACUCACUCGAAAAACUCGAAACUCUCAUGGGAAGGGGUGAAGGAGUUGGUGGUUGAUGCAGAUAAGAGAGAGCUGCUUGCAUACAGGGCUGAAAGCCUUCUCCUCUGCCUGAAACAGCGGUUUCCUGGGCUUCCUCAGACAACAUUAAACAUGAGCAAAAUCCAACACAACAAGGAUCUUGGCAAAUCCAUUCUGGAGAGCUAUUCAAGAGUUCUGCAGAGUUUGGCAUUCAACAUCGCAGCCCGCAUCAAUGAUCUUCUUUACGUCGAUGACUUGACAAAGCAUUCGGAUCCUUUCAUGCCCGUUUCUCGGAAGAGCACAGGAACCCCAAACUCCUCGCCUUCCCAGGGUUUCAGUGCACCAAAAGAACAAGAAAAUUCACACAUUCAAGAUAACAGCAAGCUUCCUCCCCGCGAUUGUGGAGGGAGGAAGGCUUUGACAGAUUUCUUGAGCAUUGAUUUAAAUGGCAAUCGCGUCAGCAAUGAUCUCAGAAAACCAGUCUCAUUCUCAAGCACAUACCAAGAAAUAUCAGUAACAGAAGAUGAACUCAAUACUUUGCAUUCUUGUAUUUAGUCAGUUAUAGCAGGAAAUGUGUGUAUGUGACAUGGUUUCUGACGAGGAACAUUCUACCUUGGUAUGUUUUCAUGACCAAAACAUUAUAGUAUAGUGUCUCAAAAUUGGGUCUUUUAUGUAGCAGUCACAACUAACCUCG